AUAAGACCAAGGCAGACAGUUGCCUCCCUACUCCUGACUUUUAAUAGGCUAGAGGAAAGGUUGCAAAACUUGACAUUGUCUUAGGAAGAGUCCCCACAGCAAAAAAUAAAGGAAAAUGAGAGAGAGAGAAACUUAGCAGCUUGUUUAUACGGAAACUGCUGAUGGAUUUUUGUUUUUACUUUGAAAUUACGCUGUAAAUUUGAAUUCAGAUUGUUUCCUGCUGGGUGGAUAAUGGAAUUCUAAACAUGAGGCAGAUAGCCGAUCAGCUUCCCUGGAUUUCGCUGACGACACAGGAAAGCUUUGCCUGAAGAUGGAAACACUGGAGUCGGAAUUGACCUGCCCUAUCUGUCUGGAGCUGUUUGAGGACCCACUGCUGCUGCCCUGCGCUCACAGCCUCUGUUUCAACUGUGCGCAUCGCAUAUUGGUCUCCCACUGUGCCACCAACGAAUCAGUGGAAUCCAUCACUGCCUUCCAGUGCCCUACUUGUCGUUAUGUCAUCACUCUCAAUCAGCGUGGUCUAGACGGACUGAAGCGCAACGUCACCCUGCAGAAUAUUAUCGACAGAUUUCAGAAAGCUUCAGUGAGUGGGCCCAAUUCUCCUAGUGAAACCCGCCGAGAGCGGGCAUUUGAUAGUAACAGUAUGUCAUCCAGUGAAAAAGUUCUCUGCCAGUUCUGUGACCAGGACCCUGCCCAGGAAGCAGUGAAGACCUGUGUCACUUGCGAGGUAUCCUACUGCGAGGAGUGCCUGAAAGCAACUCACCCGAACAAGAAGCCAUUCACGGGCCACCGUUUGAUAGAGCCUAUUCCGGACUCUCACAUCCGAGGAUUAAUGUGUCUGGAGCAUGAGGACGAGAAAGUUAACAUGUACUGCGUGACUGAUGACCAGUUAAUUUGUGCCUUGUGUAAACUGGUUGGACGGCAUCGUGAUCAUCAGGUGGCGGCUUUGAGCGAGCGCUAUGACAAAUUAAAGCAAAAUUUGGAGAAUAACCUCACGAACCUUAUUAAGAGGAAUACUGAACUGGAAACUCUUUUGGCUAAACUUAUUCAAACCUGCCAACAUGUGGAAGUGAAUGCAUCGCGACAAGAAACCAAGCUGACAGAGGAAUGUGACCUGCUCAUUGAAAUAAUCCAACAGAGACGACAAAUUAUUGGAACCAAAAUAAAGGAAGGGAAGGUGGUGAGACUGAGAAAACUGGCUCAGCAGAUUGCAAACUGCAAACAGUGCAUUGAACGCUCUACAUCUCUCAUCUCUCAGGCUGAACAGUCUCUGAAGGAGAAUGAUCAUGCACGCUUCCUGCAGACAGCUAAAAAUAUCACUGAGAGGGUCUCCAUGGCUACUGCAUCCUCCCAGGUGUUAAUCCCUGAAAUUAAUUUCAAUGAUACUUUCGAUACUUUUGCGCUUGAUUUUACCAGGGAGAAAAAAUUGCUGGAAUGCCUCGAUUAUCUUACAGCUCCUAACCCUCCAACCAUUAGAGAAGAGCUGUGUACAGCUUCUUACGACACAAUCACUGUCCACUGGACCUCAGAUGAUGAAUUCAGUGUGGUCUCAUAUGAGCUGCAAUAUACCAUCUUUACUGGACAAGCUAAUGUAGUUAGUUUAUGCAACUCAGCCGACAGUUGGAUGAUUGUUCCAAAUAUCAAACAAAACCACUACACAGUGCAUGGGUUACAGAGUGGCACUAAGUACAUCUUCAUUGUCAAGGCCAUUAAUCAGGCGGGUAGCCGAAACAGUGAGCCUGGCAAGCUGAAGACAAACAGCCAGCCGUUUAAACUGGACCCCAAGUCUGCCCACAGAAAGUUGAAAGUGUCCCAUGAUAACCUGACAGUGGAGCGUGAUGAAACUUCUUCCAAAAAGAGCCACACACCCGAGCGAUUCACCAGCCAAGGGAGCUAUGGAAUAGCUGGAAAUGUGUUUAUUGACAGUGGACGGCAUUACUGGGAAGUGGUUAUAAGUGGGAGUACAUGGUAUGCAAUUGGUAUUUCUUACAAGACAGCACCAAAACACGAGUGGAUCGGAAAGAAUUCUGCCUCUUGGGUGUUUUGCCGUUGUAAUAAUGCCUGGGUGGUGAGACAUAACAGCAAAGAAAUUCCUAUAGAGCCUGCUCCGCACCUCCGUCGUGUUGGGAUUUUGCUGGACUACGACAAUGGUUCCCUUGCCUUUUAUGAUGCUUUGAACUCUCUACACCUUUACACUUUUGACAUAACCUUUGCACAGCCCGUGUGCCCCACAUUCACUGUGUGGAAUAAAUGUUUGACAAUUAUAACAGGCCUGCCUAUCCCAGAUCACUUAGACUGCACUGAGCAGCUUCCGUGACUGCUAAAAGCAAAGGGAUAUAAUGUCAGCUUUCCAGUGGACUGCAAAAAUACUGCCCACAGGAGCUAUUUGAAUAUGUGGCGUACAAAACAUCCCUGAUGAUUUCAGCCAGAACUGAAAGUGGGUAUCUCUCUUUGCUGUGUAUUUUGUAUUAAAGAGCAAGAAACGGCUUUAAUAAUUUCUCAGAACUAUUUUGUAUUUAGUCUCUUACAGGAAGAUUUAUAAAUUAUUUAUAUAAAGAACUCCCCAAUUUGGCUAUUUGGAUUACAAUUCAUUGUUUUUGCACAUAAAGGGCCCCAUUCACUAAAGUUUUGCAAGACUUUUUUACAGUUUUAUUUUACAAGGGAAACAAGCAGGAAUUUUGUUUCCUGGAAACUGUGCAGCGGACACAUUGAUAUACUGUUGAUCUUACAUUAAACUCCAAUCUUAUUGUGUGCAACAUCUCUGUGCUUCAGUUUUGCACACCGGAACCUGCAUACCGAAAAAAUGAAAUAAAAUAAACAAGGAAGGAAAUGGAGUUAUGUAGUACAACAAAAGAAGAAGGGUUUAUUUACUUCUGUUCAGUAAUAGGUCUGCAUGUUAAACUUAUUCACAUAUGGACACAAGAAACAUGGAAUACCUCUUAGAAAUGUCAAUGACUAAAUCAUCCGGUGAUUCUAACCCUAUCAAUGCUUCACUUUUGUCUCUGGGAAGUGCAGUAAGAUCACCAAGGAUUUGUAAGACUGAUAUCAUCUCAGAAAAUCAGCAACAUUGGAGCAGCGCAACCAAUCCAAGGUCCUACUAUAUCCUGAUUUAAUGAGAAGAUUUGUCAUUUAAGGUUCCAUUAUAAUUGGAGAUGGCUUAGUUCUGACAAGUCGAGGUGUGCGUGUGUAUGUCACUGAUUUUUACAGGUACACCACAACAAUCCGAGCCCAUACAUCUGAAAUGAGAGAUGGCUUAUUUACAACUGAUUUUAAACUAAAUGCAAGAGUAUCAGUGUAUCGCACUGUAGUGUAUCAAUAAAGAAGAGCAAAGAUAUCUGGUAUAUGGAUGUUACAUAGAGAAGCACUGUACUGAAGUUCAUCAUAAAAGCAUCCAGUGAAACAAAGAAUGUGUAUUGUUGCGUUGGGUUGUUCGAAGGGAUAGAGUUCUCUUUGUGAAUGAGGGGUGAAUGACAAAUUUGCAGCAGUAACAUUAGUCUAUCUGAGUUUCACCUGCACAUAUGAGAUCUAAGUUAGCCCUUGUGUUAGGGGCUGCAACUCCACUGAGAUAAGUAGAAGCUGUACGCACUAUAUCCCAAAACUGAAUUUUGCCCAUUAAGUUUUUAAAAAAUGAAUAGGGCCUUUUGUGAUUAUUACAAUAUUUCUGUAUAAAUGAUUAUUUGGGAGAUUCCUGAGAAAUAUUUGAAAUGUGGAAUAUGGUAUGAUACCUUUUAAAGAUGUUCCUAGACAGACAGUGAAAAGGGUUUGGUUGAUAAUAUGCAAAGAAUGAAAACCUGCCUUCAUAAAAUAAGGAUAAAUGGAAUACAAGCAUAAUGAAAAGGUUGACUCAGUCAUUUUAAACUUUGCUUUGGGUGUCCUUUGAAAAUGACACUUUAAUGCACUUUGUUCACUAAUGGGCCCAAAAUGAAAGGGUCUCAAGCUUGGCUUCAGAUUUUUUAAAUAUUGUCUCUCCAGGUACAAAGAUGUACUAUAGUUUGCCUUAUGAUAGUGAUAUGAAAGAAGCUUAUGAGGAGGCUAAUGAAUACAUGACUACAGGUUCUGUUUAAACAGAGAUUAAUUACUGCUUAUGUUCCUUUGAUUCUCUAUACAUACCCUGUUUACUGUAGAAUGAAUGGGGAAAAGUAUCUCUCUGACAGCAUGUUGGUUUCAGCCAUUUUAUCGCUUCCUGCCAUGGCAGCAUUCCAUUGUUUACAGAGAGUAGCCGCUGACCUUUUCUGAGUUGACAUAUGUAAGGGAAAAUAUGUACAUACUCGAUGACAGUGUUUAUUCUAAUGUCUAUGAUGAUAUAGAAAAGGGCCCCCCAAGAACUUUAAAAAAGUCUGAAACAGUGUUUUGUGUAACCGAAUGCAACAUUACCAGUGUGACUUGAUGUACCGUGUUCAGCUGAUCUGGCCUUGACUGUUUGAAAGGCAAUUGAGAAAUCAUGAAAUUUAAUAUCUAUGGUAGACUGAGAACAAUUUCUAAAAAAACAAUGGUAAAAAGGUGUUGGGAGGGAAGAGAGUGACAACAUGGGAUGGACAUCAACCUUCUGCCUAACAGAACAGAGUAUGUUACUACAAUAUACAUGGCACCAUCCUUUGUCAUAGAAAUAUUAUUAAAUAGAUCUGGAAGCUAAUUUCAGAAAGGGGCAAACUGACAACAGUUCAAUAUUAGAUCAUACAAGGCUUGCAGAGAUCAAACUAGAUUGAAAACAGUAUCAUGAAUAUUUGGAGGCUUUUCUCCCCCCUUCUUUUCAUUUUAAACACCAACCAUGCAUUUAAAGGUUGACAGUUGGUUUUGGCUGAGGGGGAAAAAAAUGGUCUGGUAUCUACAAUAGUAAUCCUUACUAUGGGAUGUAUAUUUCAACAGUGAAUACUUCAUUUUAAGCCAAACCACAUUCCUCGAAUGGACUAUUAAUUAUAUCUGUGCUCUUUGUGCAUGUAUGUGUGUAUAUUAUAUAUGUAUAAUUAAAUAUAUAUAUAUGUAUAAUUAUACAUAUAUAAGUACAGAUUAAUUGGCAAUAAAUUAAGUGUCCCACCUUCCCUUUUAGCUUAUUAUUUGAACGAUUAUGUAGUCUGUAUGGACUAUGAUUGGGGAAACAGUUUGCUGUGCUUGAUAUUUGUAUGGACAUCUUCAAAAAUAAAAAUCUGUUUAUUUUACAGUACUUGAUUCAAUGCCUGAUUAUACAAU